AUGAAUUUCAUUCUCAGGAGUAUUGAUGUUGCAUCUCAAAAAAAUAUAGUAGUCACCGUUAAUAUAGUUUCUGAUAUAAUGAGGUCAAUUAUUUUAAAAGGAUAUGUUGGAGCCUAUCUAUUAAACCUUUCAAAUACAACAAGUUUAAAUCAAAUUAGCAUAGCUGGAUUUGGAUCUAAAAUCUCCCCUCCCAUUUCUUUUCCAAAUUUUCCAAAGUUGCUAACUUUACAGUAUAGUCGUAGUAAUAUUACUACUUAUAAUUCCUUUCAUCCGAGUUUAGAGAGUUUCUAUGUAUCUGAAGAUUUAACCUUUAACCAAAUUCCAAAUGUACAAGUCCCAUCAACUUUGAAAUCAAUUUCAUUUACAUAUAACAAUUUAAUAGGUACCAUACCAGAUGUAUUUCAAAACUCUGUUGGUUUGGAUCUAGAUGUGAGCUAUAACCAGAAAUUAACUGGAAGUAUACCAGAAUCACUUUGUCAUGCUUCAUAUCUAAACAUUAUCAAUACCAACAUUACAAGCUUGCCACAAUGUUUUUGGUGUUAUAUCAAUAAUCCACGUGUCAUUCAAACUGAUUUACCAUUCCCUAUUGGUUUUACAUGUAGCUUGAUGAUAUCAUCCAAUAUUUAUUAUACUGAAUUGGGAAGAGUAAAUAUAACAGGUUCCUUUCUUGGCUGGGGGUAUGAUGAUCCAUCUUCAAAUUUUACUAUUACUCCAAUCAUUCCAAAUGAAAUCAUGGCAAUUAAAUUUAGGAAUCCUUCAAAAUUUCCUUUAAUUCAAAAACCAUACCAAGUUUCAACUUCAGCGUCUCUCGGUUUUAGUGAUAUCACAUUCCUUGAAAUUGCAUUGAAUCCAGUAACAUCGGUUGUAGUACAAUACCCAAUCUAUCUCCAGAUUAUUUUUGGUGGUAAUUUUAAUCCAUACUUGGGACACAAUAUUACAUUGAUGGGUACCAAUUGUCUUAUCGCUCUACUGGAUCAAUUUACAAUUCAUUGUCGUGUCUCAGUCGAUACUAUACCUUCAUCCUUCAAUCUCUUUCAAAUUAAUUUGACCAAUGUAUAUCAAUCAAAAACUGUUUUAUCCUCUUAUCAACAAAAAUAUCCAAAAGUAAAAUCAUUUAGUUUUAAUCAAAAACAAGUUAGAGCAAAUACUACAAUGACAAUGAUUGGAAAUUUUGGAUUUUUUUUUGCAUCUUCACAAAUAACUAUUAAUCAAGGUGAAGCAACUUGUACAACCGUCUCUAUCAAUGCAACUGUAUUGGUUUGUACCAUAUCCAAUAAUUUCAAGGGUGGUGUGGCGAAUAUUAGUGUUCAAGUGGAUUCGUACAGCACUUGGAACGAGACAUUUAUCGAAACACUUUCAACAAGUUGUGAAGAGACUACACACAAUUGCUGGGGUAAUGGACAGUGCUCAGUUGCCGGUACAUGUGUUUGUAACGAUAUUGGAUUCUAUCAAGACUGUUCCAAACCAUAUCCAAUGGUAACGAGUGGAGAGUAUAACCAAACACUACAGAUGGUGAACCUUUAUGGUGAUUUUGGACCAUAUGGACAGGCCGGACCAAAUGUAAUGAUUAAUAAUUCGGUUCCUUGUAAUGUAGUCUUUACCUCACAAACCCUACUCAACUGCACCGUUCAAUCACCACUACAACCUGGUUUGGCAUCAGUUUCAUUGGUUGUUGAUACUAUUCCUUAUAAUCGGUCAAGUGUGUUUUUGGUAACUCGGUCGCCUACCAAUUCAUCUACCACAUCGACAUCAACGUCGACUACUUCAGGAGGAGGAGGACCUACACCACAAGAACAAUGUGAAAAAGAUACCAAUCAUUGUUUUGGAAACGGUCAAUGUAAUGUUUAUGGACAGUGUCUAUGUAACCGUAAUUACAACCCGGAUGAUAAUUGUAAAACUUUGUUUAGUAAUGCCACGAUACAUCCAAAUGCAACGGCACCAACUGCAUCGUUUGAAAUUGAUGGUAUUACAUUUGACUUUCAAGUGGUGGCCAUUCAAGAGAUUGGAUUGGAUGGUGAAAUAUUAAAAGAGAUGUUGACCAACAAUUGGAAUGUCAAUAUUACCAAUACGAGUACACUCACCACAGCAACCUACCAACUCAACAAUACCGACACUCGAUCCGUUCUAUACAACAUCACCUCGGUCAUUGCAACCAUUUCCUAUUCACCACAAGAACGUGAUGUUACAUUUGGUCCCCAACUGUUACACAUUAAUCCAAACUCGAUCAAAUUGGCAAUCAACAUUAAUAAUUGGGUGUAUAGCUCUCAUCUUGCAACUCUACUCGUUCUACUCGAAACUAAAACCAACGAAAACCAACAAACAGUGACAAUGUACAGUUUAAUGGUCGAUUUAUAG